UUCCUAAAAUAUGUCCUCCUGUUUUAUCUAUCUCAUUCCUGCAUAAGUGGUGAAGAAACCGAUUCAAAUUCGAAAUGCGGCAGCACUUUGAACCUAACAAACUGCGACUCGAACGACAUCCCUUUAUUAUCCCGAAGAGUUUUAAACAAAUUCAAAACCCUCUACAUCAAAGGAACCCUAUGCCCUAUACGCGAGCACCAUUUCCAUUGGUACUUCCUUUUAAAGAACGGUACCGCUUUAAACUUCGAUCGCUACCAGUACUGGGACACCUUCCACUUGGAACCCUUCGCUAUAUCCGGCGGUACUCACUCGCUAACCGUUUCCGUGCACGAAAUAUACGAAAAUAACCUGCGAGGAAGCUUAAAAGACGGCUGUAAUUUCGUGAUUGAGCCGGAAAAUCCCGUCCCUAUUAUACUAGGAGGCUCGCAAAGGGCCGUCGAAGCCGGAAAAUCCUUCAUUUUAGACGGUGGAAACUCCAUUGAUUUGGAAGUACCGUCUAAUCAGAAAGGAAAACUACAGUAUUUCUGGAUGUGCCGCGUCGAAGGCAGUACUAAGGGUACUAACGAAGAUUUCUGCUUGCAUUUACCUACUGGUAUAUUAACGCUCCAAAUAAAAUAA